AACGACAAAACGAGUUUUUGGACGUUGCUAGCAUGCUGUAGCUUACCCAAAGGGAUUCUCUUUUGUUUUUCUGAAUUUUUCCGGGAAUUGAGAGCAUGGAGGCGGAAGAAGGUACGACGGAUAAUUGUGAAGAGUAUUCUUCUGCAGCUAUGGACGCGGACAGUAUCACGCUUUCAAGGACAAUUCUUCGACGCGAUGAUGCUUAUGCUGCGAAAGACAUUGUCUCUAAGCUGCAAAAGACGUUCGAGUGCUCCAUCUGUCUGGAUCUCAUGUGCGACCCGCUGUCGACAACAUGCAAUCAUCAGUUCUGCAGAUCGUGCAUCAUUGAAGUUGUCCGUUCGGCAGUAUCAGCUUGUCCACUGUGUAAGCACCCUAUUUCAAAAAGGAGCCUGAACUCCAACCAGACAUUGAAUGAACUGCUGGAUGCUGUCAAUGGCGUUAUUUCCGCAGCCAGGGAAGAUCUGAAGGGUGUAUCUACACCGCCGCGUCAGUUUCCACCACAACGGGCAAGUAACACCCCGGCUAUUCGAGCCUUUGCUUUGCUGCAUCCAACACCUCACAAGUCACCUGGCAGCCAACCAGAUUCACAACCAGAUGCAGCUGGUUCAGAAAACCCACCAUCCACUCCAGCAACUCUCUCCGGCAUUUCACACCUGUCUUCAAGAUCAUCUAGGAAACGAUCACUUGCUCUGGGCCCAUGCAGAUCUCAAGGAGGCAGUUCAGCAGAAGAUCCGCUCGAUGUUGCAUCCGCAACUGCGGAUGCUGUUAUGAUGCCGCCGCCUAUGCCUGAAACAAGGAUACCAACCAAGUGCUCAGCACCCAAGGCGGCUGCGGGAAGGAAUGUGAGAGUCGGUGCAUCGCGCUCUAGCAGCACUCACUGGUCUAGCCUGGCACACAAUCGCCCACCCCAAAGCAUCCGCAAUGCUGCAAUCGACGACAAUGGUGACAUUGUGCCCGCACAGUCUUGCAGCGGCAGGACCCCCAGUGCACCUGCUUUGAAACCUAAUCAAUGUGGAGUCUGCCUGAAAAUCUACAAGUGCAAACGGAACUUACGACAGCACUCAUGCAGGCCUUCCAAUAGCCGGGCAGAAGGAGCGGGGAUCAAGAAGAGAGGCGAAGGAGAGCUGCCAACUAAAAGACAAUGCAAUAACCCCCGGGGCACGCAGCAAGUCAGUGUUGUGCGGGUGUUGAAUGCUGCACCCCUUGGUAAACUUGGCACAUCAUUACUGAAUCCUAAUGAUGACUCUUGGUUGACAGAGGCACGACCGAAGGGUGCACACACAAAGAAUGCCACCACUGCAGGGAGUGUGGCUGCAAGCACAGCUAAUCAACAGACCCACAGCAAGGAGCAAUCCUCUUCCAGCCCUAGUGGCUCUGUUGUUGCCGAAUCCUGUCCGGAGGAAGAUUGCGAUGAGGAUCGUCCCAUCGACCCAAUGCGACCGUAUCUGUGGAAGAUGUACCAAGAUUAUGUGAAGAGAACACGGCCAGAUGACUGCUCUUUGACCGAUGGAGAUCACCGAACAGAAACCCAUCAGCAAGAUUAUACGCCACUGGAGGCUCAUGCUAAACUUGGCUCUUUAUCCUGUUCUUCUAAGCAACACAUUGCCUGUGACAUGUCCAAAGUCCAUGCUCAUGUGUCACAGCUAGCUCAAUCUGUUUUACCCAGAGAGGGCGAACCUCGGUGUGAUUCAAUUCAGUUGGCUUGUAGUGCUAGUACAAGGGAGUGCCAACCUGUGCAUCAGCUUAGUAGUGUUGCACAUGAGAGAUCUACCGCUGCUGCUGCUGCUAUUACGCCCAGUCCUCAACGGAAUGGAGUUGAUGAUGGUGCUCUACUCUGCUCUUCUAUGCAAGGUGGCUCUACAAAUUCAGUUCCAGGAAGCUCGUCAGUCGAGUAUGGUUUAGCCGAAGAUGCUCAGCUGAAUGACAGUGUCCAGCAAUGCUCGGAGGCACUUCUCGAAGGUGCAUGCUCGGCAGCGCCUGGAAUAAUUCGGGAAUUACCCAAUGCCGCUGACCCUGUGGUAGUGGAACAACGUAGCAUGGAUACCGAAUGUAAUGCUGGGAGAAAUGCUUCCCAUUGUUCUCCGGGCUCAUUGAUACGGGACCGUUCAGUUGGGAUGGAAGCUGAUUAUGAAGCAAGCAAUCAACAGUACUCUGAAGCUAUCCUUGAAGGAGCUUUCUCUACGGGUUUGGACGUUAGUCAACAUAGUCCUUGUGUUGUCAGAACUAUUGUAAACCAAGUCGAAGCAGAGAGCCAUGUGUCAGCAGAAACCACGCUGCAUGAAGUUGGUCCAUCUUUAGACCCCAUCUCAUGUGAACUGACUGGCCUUAGCAAUGAAAAAAGUGUGCUUGAAGAAUUACUUCCAACCAUUUGCUCUGAUACUCAUGAGGUCUCUAUUGCUGGGACAAAUGCAGCUGCAAGCAUGUCAGAUUCACAUGUAAUACAAGCAACCGAAACUCCGGAAGAGAUUGGCAGCAGCUGCAUAGUGCCUCAAUCCCACCAUAGCAAAUAUCAGCACACAGAUCACCUUGGUUCGGCAUCGGAAUGGACAUGCCCGCAAUCCCCAGCUCGGCUAGUGGAACCAUCGUACCAGGCAGACUGUGCAACCAAUAGCAUACGCACAAACACUGAAGGCAGUCCCAACACGAUCUUGAACAGCUAUGGUGGUGAAGCGAUAACAGAUUAUGGAACAGGUGGGUCACUUUCCACUCCAGCUGAUAACUCCAUUGUGCAAUGUCCCAGUGAUAACAACGUUGUGGAGGCAUCCCAUACGAUGGUCCAGACGCCACACGCAAACCGCGAAUUGGAUGAAGACCAGUUUACCCAGUCCCAGUCCUUGCUGGCUCCCCUGUUGAGUUUCCAAUCCCCCAACAUUCUUGGUAGCCAACUUGCCACUGGAACAGGCAUUUCGAAAAUUCGGGAAUUACCCAAUGCCGCUGACCCUGUGGUAGUGGAACAACGUAGCAUGGAUACCGAAUGUAAUGCUGGGAGAAAUGCUUCCCAUUGUUCUCCGGGCUCAUUGAUACGUGACCGUUCAGUUGGGAUGGAAGCUGAUUAUGAAGCAAGCAAUCAACAGUACUCUGGAGCUAUCCUUGAAGGAGCUUUCUCUACGGGUUUGGACGUUAGUCAACAUAGUCCUUGUGUUGUCAGAACUAUUGUAAACCAAGUCGAAGCAGAGAGCCAUGUGUCAGCAGAAACCACGCUGCAUGAAGUUGGUCCAUCUUUAGACCCCAUCUCAUGUGAACUGACUGGCCUUAGCAAUGAAAAAAGUGUGCUUGAAGAAUCACUUCCAACCAUUUGCUCUGAUACUCAUGAGCACUCUAUUGCUGGGACAAAUGCAGCUGCAAGCAUGUCAGAUGCACAUGUAAUACAAGCAACCGAAACUCCGGAAGAGAUUGGCAGCAGCUGCAUAGUGCCUCAAUCCCACCAUAACAAAUAUCAGCACACAGAUCACCUUGGUUCGGCAUCGGAAUGGACAUGCCCGCAAUCCCCAGCUCGGCUAGUGGAACCAUCGUACCAGGCAGACUGUGCAACCAAUAGCAUACGCACAAACACUGAAGGCAGUCCCAACAUGAUCUUGAACAGCUAUGGUAGUGAAGCGAUAACAGAUUAUGGAACAGGUGGGUCACUUUCCACUCCAGCUGAUAACUCCAUUGUGCAAUGUCCCAGUGAUAACAACGUUGUGGAGGCAUCCCAUACGAUGGUCCAGACGCCACACGCAAACCGCGAAUUGGAUGAAGACCAGUUUACCCAGUCCCAGUCCUUGCUGGCUCCCCUGUUGAGUUUCCAAUCUCCCAACAUUCUUGGUAGCCAACUUGCCACUGGAACAGGCAUUUCCUCCGAGCCACUGUUCGCUGAUGGCAUGGAUGAGACUGAGCUGGAUCCUGAUGCCAAGCCACCCUGUUCGCAGUCAGCCUCCGCCAGUGGUCAACUCCAGUUGGACAACUCUAGCAGUCCUGUGCUUUCACCAGACCUUCUAGACUCCCCACAUCACGAGCUCCAUGCGUCAACACUUGUACAGCCAGUAGAGCGCAUCCCUUCAACAAACACAUCCACAACACGACCUCCGACUCCAGGAUCAGCAGCCAGUUCUCCACUACUACUAAGCAGUGACAAUCCGUGUCAUCCUGCCUCCCAGCCGCUGUUCAGUUCUGCAGCUAGGUCUCCUGAAUCUCUACCGGACACUGCGAGCUGCAUCCCUGCCAGCCCUACCGGUGGUAGUGUGCUCACACCUAUAAACCCCACAACCAUCUCUGCUGGACUUGCUGGAAACGAGGCUAUUGAACCCAGCUAUACACAUAGCGGGAUGCCGUGUACAAACUUAGAAAGCCAGGACAUUCAAGCUCUGGAGGGAAACUUGGAACAAAUGCGUAAAGAUAUGGCUGCACUGACUGCUUUGCUCGGUUCCCAACUUCAAGAAGAAGACACUGCCGGCACAAGCUCUGAUGAGUCCUUUGCAUCUGCUUGCAGCAAGCCAGAUCCAAGUGAGGAAUCGGCCGAAUCAGACGUGCUAUGUGAAAAUUCCUGCAGUCAAGCACUGCAUUGCUCCCAGUCAAAAUUAAUCACAGCAACACCUCCUGACUCCGAACCCUGCUUGCAGAGAAAUUCUUUGAUGGUGUCGGAGGAAAAUGUAAUAUCAGCUGAUCUGAACCCCUUUACGUGCCACCAAUCUAGUGGCAUGUGUACUUCAAGUAACACAGCAUCUGGUUUGUCAGGACAGUGUACGUCACCAUCACAGAUGCCUCCAUCGCUUACACCCAGUCUCAACACUCCACACGAAGGUGUGCAACCCUUCAGCCAGCAGAUGAAACAGUGUGGGAGCAGACGGCUAUCAUUUGUGACUCAUGACCUAACUCACGACCAAGUGAGGAUGGCAAAGACCGUGGCCAAGUAUGGAAGUGGGCGGGUUGCUAGCCGGUUCAAUGGCUGCACAACGCAUGUGAUACUGGCAACGUCAGAUCAAGGUUUGGCUGAGCCAUCCCUCAAGUAUCUGCAAGGGAUCGCGGCAGGUGUCUGGAUCGUGUCUAUGAACUGGAUUGAGGAGUGCUACAAGGCAGGCACACUAUUGCCAGAGGAGGAAUUCGAAGUGAAUGGUGACAGCUCUGUUCAAAGUUGCGCUCCCAGACAAUCAAGAAUAGCACAGGCGGAAGGUCGCAGGCUCUUCCAUGGCACCAAUGUUACAUUCAGUGAAAGCAUUCCAGUAACCACCAGAGAUAUGCUUGCACAAACAAUGGAGCUGGGUGGUGCAUGCAUUGUAUCCAAGGCAGGCUUGACAGCAUCACGGCACUUGGAUGGCAAUAAGCAACAGCUCCACAUCGUCAGAGGUGACACAUUUGGUGUGGCAUUGAGUCAGCAAGCUGCAAGCAACGAGGAGAAUUCGAAUCAGAUUGUACCUACAGACUGGCCAGUGCAAUGCCUUCUUCACUACCGGAUAUUGAACCCACUGGAUUUACUUGGAAACUCUAUGCCAUGACUCUAUCCCCACGUGCAAGUUGUGACAGACCGUUCAAAUCUCAUCGAAUCCACCAUCUUUGCCUUGCAGCGAGAUGAUGGUAUGAUAACAGCAAGCAGUGGCAAGCUUAUGGAUAUCACCGGAACUGUACUGAAUUGCUCUGCAAGCAUUCAUCCAUUAUUUAUCAUACAGAAUUCUCCAUUGUGCGAGAUACUUAGUGUAGUUGCAUGGAAAACAUCCUAGGCUAUGCAAACAGAAUUCCAUGAAGAAAGUCGGUAUUUAGUAUUUACAUACAUUGCAUAUAAGUAAAGUUCUAUCAAGAAAAGCACAGAUCCAUCAUUUUUGGAGUUCGUAUAGUAUUUAUAGAAAAGCCUAAAGAAAAAGUCUGUAAUUAUUCCACAGGGCAUUUAUAUUUGAAGUAGCUCUGACCUUGCAUCUUCAUUGUAUCUUUCCAACC